GAUCGCCUGAAUCCGGUUACAAGAACGGACUGAUUAUUUGUUUACAUUUCGCAGCAUGGCCAGUGUUGAGAGGCUGGGGGUUGAUGUUAUUAUCAACGACAUUGAUAAUAAUCCAGCCUGCACUCAUGGCCCAACAGUGUUAUUUGAGAGAUACCAGAGUAAUGGUCGCAGUCGACAAUAUUAUGCCUGUUCUGCUUGUCGGGACAGGAAAGACUGCUCCUUCUUCCAUUGGGCAGAUGAAAAGUUUUCAGAGACAAAGAGAGACCUGUGGGACAAACUCAUCAAAGAUUCUGGGCCUAAAGACAAUGAAGAGGAAUUAUGCAGUUUAAAUGAGGUGCUGUCAGUAUUGCCAAGGGAGAGAAUAUACUGUGCCACCUGCUCUACUCUGUUUACAACUGCAAGAAGAAGCAAACAUAAAGCCUGCACACUUAUCACACCUCUGACUGACAGACAACUUACACAGCCAUCAUCAUUUCUCCCACCCAGAGAAAGUGCAAAGAAAGAGGCACAAUACCUCUUUGCUUCUAGCAGUGUCGAUGUUAUCAUCACCAUGCUACAAAAGAUACAAGCCAAAAGAGUUUUGUGUGUUGGGGCUCCUCGAAUAUACGAAGCAAUAGCAAACUCUGAAAAGCUGAAUAUGUCAGCUCUGAUGCUUGACAUUGAUGAACGAUUUCGAAGAUUUUUCAAGCACCAGUCCUUCCUGCGAUACAAUAUGUUCAACCAUUACUUCUUUGAUGGGAAGAAGGCCAAAGAUACAUACCAAAACUUUAUUGCUGGAAAAGAAA